AAAAUGUGACAUUUAGUAUUUUUAUAUUUUCUUUUUUUUCCUUCAGCUCAUAAUGUUGUUUAUUCGUUUGACAUAUCAGUAUCUAUAUACUUGAAACUUAUUUUUCAUUUCUUCUGUGUCAGUUGCAGUUGAUAAAAAAAAAAAAAAAUGCCGAUGGUUGUAAAGUUUACUGUAAUAAUUAUAAAAUCUUUGUGAUAAUUUUCAUAUAAAAAUUAAAAUAUGUAUUGUACUCUGAAAACCUGCUUGUGUAGGAAUAAAAUUGUUAGGGCUCUUAGCACAGGUGAAGUUUCCACUGCAUUAAGACCAUUUUAUUUUACGGUACAUCCAGAUCUUUUUGGACAGUUUCCAACACAAAGGACUGUCAAUGAAAACUCAUUGAAGCAAUUGAGUUCAAUUUUAGAAUCCCUACAGCAGCAAAAAGCAAUAAGGCCAACAAUUUUACCAUUUUAUCUUCGUUCAAGAGACGAUAAAGAAUCAAAAGCGGGAAAUUUUACUCUUGUUAAUAUAAAAUUAAAUGAGAAAGAUUUGAGAAAAACAAUUAUUUCUAUUUUAAAAACAUGCAAUUUACCAACAACAUUUGUAGACAAAUUAGAGGAGGAAAAACCAAUUUCAAAAUCAUCAAUGUCAGGUUUCUGGCAAUUUCGAGGACGCGCUGGAGAAACGAAUUUUUCCGAUUUAGAAGAUGAUCCAAUUUUCACUUCAAUUAUUAUGAAGAGAAAAAUAAACGCUGAGCCCGAUACAUUCAAAGCGUAUUUAGAUAAACACGUGAAUAUUGCUCAUGUGAAAUUUGAAGCAUGUAGACCAAUUCGUGAAGAAGUGAAAAAAUUAGAAUCUAAAUUAUGUGAGGAUCUUGAACUUGAAAGUAUUACGUGGGAUUGUGGAUGGAAUAUAACUCAUUAUCGUGGAUGUCUUUUGGCAUUUCAAGCGCUUGCAAAACAUCAUCCAGAAUCAAUGAAAAUUCUCAAAGAUCGUAAAAUUGUUUUUGCUAAUGAUACUGGAAUUAGUGUUGAAGGAAAUGUUAUGCUCAAUUCAGGGGAAGUUCGUCACAAUUGGUUGGAUCUUAUUAAAAAUGUUCGUAAACAUGACGCUGUCCUUUUGCGAUUGCCGGCCUUUGAGAAAGCAGUUUCGAGGGUGUUACUGGACAUAAAAGUUGGUCGACGGAUACUCUAUAUGUGCAGGAAGUUCAUGCCGAAAGUAAUGGUCGGCCAGUAUGAACAGCAGUUGCGACAACUGACAACAACGCUCUCGGAUUAUAGAGGGAGAAGAAGCUACCCGAGUGCAUGGCCUUCAAAUUUAUCAGCCUACGAAAUCGUUGUUGAGACUGAAGCAGGACCUCUAAUGCUUUCUCCAACGGGUCAAUUUAUUGUUCCCUCGUCUUGUCCUAGUUUUUUGCUAGUGAGCUUUAUUACUGAAAAUUUAGAUGAAGCUACAAAACGACUGCAUCAUUAUAAUAAUAUAAAACAUGUUGAACGAGAACUGCAUAAAAAAGCGAUUGAAGAUUUAGGUUUAGCUGCUUUGAAUAAAGACGAUAGUAUAACUCCAGAUCUAAUGAUCAAAUGCUGUGAACGAUUAUUAAUGCACAAAGAAAUUUUAGCACCAAGUCUACAAGGUGUAAUGCUUUGGGUAACGCAUUAUUAUUCAGUAAUGAGCGACGGUGUUUUUUGUGUGCCAUGGGAUUGGAAGUUAUGAAUAUAUAAAAAUUAUUUUAAAUAUGAAAGAUAUUUUGUAAAUUUUCUAAGUGAUAGUAAAUAUUUUACACAUUACAAUAUAGUCAAUUUGUAGAAUCAAGAUAAAUCUUAGAAAAUUAAUUUAUAACAAGAUACACACAAUAUGUACUUGUUACUAAUUGUUCAAUCAUAUCUUUAAAAAUAUGUUCUGAUAAUGAAUAUAUAAGGAAACAAUGGAAAACUAAGUACAUAUGUACCUAACUAACUCAGGAAUUACUCAGAAGUAAUUUAAAUAUAAAAAUGUAGAAAAAAAUAAAUAUUAUAACAAUGAUUUUAAAAUAAACAUGAACAUACUCGAAAA